CUGGGCACUCACAUCAAUAUGUCAACAGCCAGUUAUAUGCCAACGAUGUUCUACGUCAUCAUAGCCGGCUAGCCGACAAGAACAUUCCCGAGCACUCGGGAAGUGAGCAGGCAGCGCAAACAACAACACGAGCAUGUGAAUAUAUGCAGCACACACGGACACGCAUUGAACACGCUGCAGCUAUUCAGCAAGCUGAUAGCUACCAUGUAUUCGUAUUCGUACUGCUUUUGUCGGGUAUAGUAGUACUGUGGCUUCUAAUAUACUGUACAUUGAAAACACACUGCACACUUCAGUUAUCGUGAUUAUGCCGUAUACUUUACUUGUGACCUGAUUUAUGAGCUUCGUAAUACACACCUGCACUUUAUUUGAUUUUUGGAGCAUGUAACAUUCGAAAUGUCGACGGAGUCUCCCCCCGCAUCGCCGAGGAAAGCCCGCAAAUCGCUAGCUGAGAAGGGGCAGCAUUUGGAGCCCAUUAACGUGCCGAAAACAGUGAGUAGUAAUUGCAGCCUUCCUGGUGAAUGUCGGCAGACUGGUUCUUAUACUGCCAAUGCGAGUGGUAACUUUGACUCAGAGCAACGCGAUAUUACAAAUGCAGCUGAAGAACGAACUUGCAAUAACAUUCGGAAUCCCUCGAAUUCUGAGGGUACUUUGUAUUCAGAUACACUAGAUUCUCAUUGUGAUGAAAAUGUAGAACGAGAAGAGAUAUUAAAGCAUGAAACUACGUCUGCCCCACAUCAUGCACAUAGUAAUUUUAAACUUGGUGCCGACAGCGUUGAUCUUGAUGAUACAGCUUUUAGAUCUUUCAAUGUCAAUGUUACCCCAGAUGGAUUUUUAUCGCCGACGUCACCGACUUCGCCCACCAGUCCAGACCCCGAUGGAAUACGAUCACCACGGAAGUCGUCAAUGCGUGACCCCAAUCGACCUCGAACACCGCCGGGGACACCCUCCCGGAAGUCAGUUCGCUUUGCUGACCACCUAGGGUUGGACUUGGAGACUGUCAAAACCAUAUUGCGAACGGAAUCACCACCUGACUUGCACGUACAUGUCGACGAGGAGAAACAGACGAUAAGUGCCAAGGUUCUGUCGUUGUGCUUCCAACAACCUGGUGGACAACCAGACUUCUUAUCGCGACUCAACUCCUUAAAUGUCUGCCUUGAGAACGUAGUAGUCCAUGAAUUUACACUCAUAGGCACCAUCAAGGUCAGAAACCUGGGUUUCGAGAAGGAAGUCAGGAUUCGGCAAUCGUCAGACAACUGGAGUUCUUAUGUUGACACUAUGGCAAUGUACGUUCAGGGUUCUUGUAAUGGACCUACAGAUCGGUUCUCUUUUGGCCUGUCAGGACCUCGGAGUAUGGCACCAGGUGCAAUACUCACUUUUUCCAUCUAUUACAAGGUAGGGGGACAAAUAUUUUGGGAUAACAAUGGCGGGCAGAACUACUCUCUUGUGUGUGAAGAGGUUAAAAAACUUUGACAUGUUUGUUAUCUUGGAGUGAUAGCUCAGCUCUUUAACCAGGUACCAUGGCAACUGAGGAUGCGGUUACGGAAUCUUCAAAGUGAAAAGAAUCUUCAAAGUUCAUAAUUCAUCUGGUAGGAUUCGCCCCGGGGAAUCGCUCAAGUAGUGCAAAUUGAUUUUGGAUCAACUGUGAUUGAAUAGAGAUUUUAUUGGUGAUACAUUUUGAUUCGAUUCAGGUAUUGGAAAUCAAUUGGCUACUAGACAUAGAAUGAGAAACCGGACGGGUCGAAAAAGAAGAUGAAUUGAAGAAAACACACUCAUUGCCAUACGAGUAUUGCUAGCAACAUGACUUUUGUAAGCUUGCCAUUUACAAGAUAAUUGUUUAGGCCAUCUUGGAAUGAAAGACAAUCGUUUUGGAUCAUAUUCUAAGAGUCUUCGUAAUAAUAAACUAAAACGUGCAGUGUUAAUUGUCUGAAUUUCAAUCUUGUUUGCAAUAUACAGUUGUGAAUUAAGGGAGACUAAGUUGGAUACAAUAAUAUAUAACAUAUAUUAUAGGAUUAGGAUGGUUAUAUUUACUAUGCAAAAUUCAAAAUACUCAACAAUUGUGAGUAAUAUUAAUGACAACAUAAAUAAGGAAAAGAUGUUCAUUGACCGAGCUUUGUGCUACAAUGUUGUAUAGUUGAACUUGUAUUACAAAUUUCUAUCGUAUUGAAAAAUACAGUGUGAUAUUUGUUUUGACAAAUUAUUAUCUGUAUGACAUGUAAAGUGUCUUGGGAUAACAGAGUGGGUAGCCCUGUUAUACAGUUUCACACACAGAAGUGUAUAAAUUCUAGGUAAUGAUCUGAGAUCCAUAGGUCCAUUCGAUGCGAUAUUUACCUUGAAAUUAUCUCUUUUCAAGUAUAGGCCAUUAGGACAAAUGGGCGAAGUUCAAGGCCCGACUAAUUUCUCACUCCAUUGAUAAUUCAGAAAUAUUUUUACCUAAGUUAAAAGAAAAAGUGAGCACUGUAAACGACGUGUUUAUAAGUGGCUUAAAUGUCAUUUGAAACAA